CCUGCAGUGGUCAAAGAUAUGGACAAGACUGCAUCUCUGUGUGCCCUCAGUUCUGUGAGGUUGGGAACCUGAGUCAGUCUGUGUGUGAUCACAUCCAUGGGACCUGUCUGCUAGGUUGUCAGGCUGGCUACUUAGGAUCCAUGUGUGAUGAGUCCUGCAGUGGUCAAAGAUAUGGACAAGACUGCAGCUCUGUGUGCUCUCAGUUCUGUGAGGUUGGGUACAUGAGUCAGUCUGUGUGUGAUCACAUCCAUGGGACCUGUCUACUGGGUUGUCAGGCUGGCUACUUAGGAUCCAUGUGUGAUGAGUCAUGUGACCAUGGAACUUAUGGAACAGACUGCAGCUCCUACUGCUCUCAGUUCUGUGUAUCAGGGAACAUCAGUGAGUCUGCCUGUGAUCAUACUGAUGGUAGAUGUCUUUAUGGAUGCCAGGCUGGAUAUCAGCUACCCAAGUGUAACCAACAAUGUGACAGGGGAACCUAUGGCCAGGACUGCAACUCUACCUGCCCACAACAUUGUGAGAAUACUGACAUAAACGGGUCUGUCUGUAAUCACACUUCUGGAGCUUGUACACAGGGAUGUCAGCCUGGCUACACAGGGCUUCUUUGUGAUGAAC